GGAAGCUUCGCAGGCGUGCACCAAGCAGUGAGAUCACUGGCGUUAUAAAUAUCCCAGUACCAGCGCCGAGAUCCGUUCGAGUGGCCUCUCUCUCUCCCUCCCUCUCUUCCCCGAGGCUAUGUCCACCCGGUGCGGCGAGGGGGGCAGCGCCAGAGGCACGCAGCCGCGCGGGGGCUACGGAGCCCAGAACCAGCCCUACAAGAUGCACUUAGAAACCCCGCGGCUGGAAGAAUGAGCUUGUCCUUCCUCCUCCUCCUCUUCCUCAGCCACCUAAUCCUCAGCGCCUGGGCUCACGGGGAGAAGCACCUCGCCCCCAAAGGGCAACCCGGACCCGCUGCCACCGGUCGGAACCCGGGAGGCGCCAGCAGCAGCGGGAGCAGCAGUGGCACGACGUCUUCCUCUUCCUCCGACUCCUCCUCCCCCGGGGCUUCUCUGGGCAACCAAGGGAGCGGCUUGGAGCAGAGCAGUUUCCAGUGGAGCCCCUCGGGGCGCCGGACCGGCAGCCUCUACUGCAGAGUGGGCAUCGGUUUCCAUCUGCAGAUCUACCCGGAUGGCAAAGUCAAUGGCUCCCAUGAAGCCAAUGUGUUAAGUAUUUUGGAAAUAUUUGCUGUGUCUCAGGGGAUUGUAGGAAUACGAGGAGUUUUCAGCAACAAAUUUUUAGCGAUGUCAAAAAAAGGAAAACUCCAUGCAAGUGCCAAAUUUACAGAUGAUUGCAAGUUCAGGGAGCGAUUUCAAGAAAACAGCUAUAAUACCUAUGCCUCAGCAAUACACAGAACUGAGCCAGCGGGCCGGGAGUGGUACGUGGCCCUCAAUAAGAGAGGGAAGGCCAAGCGGGGCUGCAGCCCCCGGGUCAAACCCCAGCACGUCUCCACCCACUUUCUGCCAAGAUUCAAGCAGCUAGAGCAGCCAGAACUUUCUUUCACAGUUACUGUUCCUGAGAAGAAAAAGCCACCCAGUCCAGUCAAGCCAAAGCUUCCCGUGUCCGCCCCUCGGAAGAGUCCCAACACCGUGAAAUACAGACUAAAGUUUCGCUUUGGAUAAUCUUCAUCUUGGCCUUGGGAGAAACCAUGCCUUCCCCUCAGGAGCUUCCGGGGGUGUCUUUACACUCGGAGAAAGAACGUUUGGACCCAGCUCCACCUCCUCUACACUGUCUUGAAGUCAGGUCACGGGUUUCAGUGCGACUGAAACACGGCUGUUUUCUGAUAGGAACUGAACUGGAAUUCUUUGUCCAAUAUGGGGAGCACACGGCUUCAGUUCUGGAAGAUGGAAAGCCUUUUGCUUUAUGCUUAGUGCAUACUUGGUAUUUUCAGAAAGUUAAACAGCACGACUAUGUAUUUUUCUGAAUUUUACAGAUCAACCUGAAAGAACA